CCACGUGUCAUGUGUCAUUUUCCUCGACAAAAUUCCCGUUCUAUCUUACUCAAGUGUAUCCGACAUUUCAUAAACAAAGGAUAUAAAUAAAGUUUUUAUACAUAAUUUAAAUAUCAUAAAAUAAUUAAGAAAUGACGGAUGAAUCAAACGGAGAAUCAACAUUUGAAUUUGUUGAAAAACGUCUUGAUGAUGUAUCAAUAUCUGGUGACACAACGAAAACUGAUUCAACGAGCAGUUUGUCAUCUUCUGUUUCGAUAAUAACAUCUCUAGGUGGAUCGUCAUCAGCGGGAAAUCUUUUGUCGAAUGUCGCACCACCAUCUGCACUGCCUAGUUUUAUUGCCAAUCAACAACUGCCACUGAAUAUGCCAAAAGAAACUGAUCAGACUGUCGUUAAAAGCGAAAAUGUUGAAAAAACUGAAGAAACUUCAAGUGAUUUUGGAGUACAAACAAAACAACCGCAAGCACAAGGUCAACAAACUCAAGAUGAAUCUCCUAAGCCAUUUGAAUCUGUACAUAUAGCGGAUAAUCAAUCACAAGAUAUUGGAAAUGUUGGUGGAAUAUUAUUUUCAUGGGUUAAAGAUAAUGUUGUUAAUAGCAAUGUGCUUAGCAAAGUUGCUGAAAAAGCCAAAAACAGCGUCAAUUCAAUGAUAACUACUUUGGAUCCACAGAUGCGUGAGUUUAUUUAUUCAGGUGGUGAUGUUGAAAUCGUUGUUGCAUCUAAUAAGGAAGUCAAAGUCAGCGCUAUUCGUGAAGCUUUUCAAGGGGUAUUUGGGAAAGCUACGAUUACAGGUGUGACUAUUGAUACAUCAGCGAUUCCAGCCCAGCCAGUUGGCUUCGCCUCUGGAGUUAAUGGAGCAAAACAUCGUAUUAAAUACGCACGCAAUGCUCUUGAUGUUCCAAAAGACAUUCCAAUUAUUGCUGUCCAAAGUUUUUUGGUUGAAAUCGGCGAAGAUAAAUGGUAUGAGUUGGCUGUUAUACUUUUGGAUGACCCGAAAAAUGGUGUGAGUCUACAGAUGUUCACUCAAAUGACACCUGUACCAAGUCAAUUUGUAACAACUGCUCAAGAAUCAACACCUGAUACGUAUCCUCUGAAGCCGUUAGGUUUCGCUGUACCAAUUGGGAAUUUAAUGUCUACUAAUUUACAGGUUCAUUUCAAUGAAUGGCAUCAUGCUCUUACUGGUGUAUCCCGCAGAGAUACUAUUCUUCUUGCAGCCCAAUCACUAGCUGGCAUUUACAAAAACACAAUUACUACAGUGUAAUUGUAUCAGUAGAAGAUCACCAACGAUAUGAUGUUAAUCUCAACGACCGAAAUAUUUUAUAAUUAUUUGUACAUAUCUUCUGAUAAUUUAAUUAUUUGUUUAAAUUGGAAUAAGAAAAAUAAAAAAAAUUAAUUAAAGUAAAUCAAGUUAAAAUGAAAAUAUUGGAGUGACUCUGCUGGAGCGUUUAUAAAUAUGUUGGUUUAUUUAAAAUAUAUUGAUUAUAGUUAUUUAUAUAUUGACUGCAUAAUUGUCAAAUUUAAUUGUAUACAAUUGAGCAGUAUUUACAAAAAAAAAAAAAAAGUUUAUAUAGUAUCAGCAUUUAAAUAUAUUUUCAUUAAUCAAA